GAGAGCGUGAGUGAGGCGUGCUUUGCGCUUCUAUGCUUUAAGAGAGAGAAAAAUAGCCACUCUUUUCCUUUUCGGUGGGGGCAAAAGCUGGGCUUCGCUAGGCGUUUGUUGCACAGGUUUGAAAUUGGAUGAAAGAGAACAGAGUCCUCAAAUCUUCGAGACCUCUGGUUUUGCCUGACAAAUGUUGAUUUCUUCCUCCAUGUUGAAGAGAGUUGAGACGAGGAAUAGGGGAGCUUGAGAUAUCUGGUGUCUUUUGGUUUUCCAUGGAACGAGUCUCUACAGUGUUGCUAUUUUAGUUUUAUGUGUUUCUACGGUGAAGUUCUUCGUUUCUGUCGUCGUUUGUUGAGAGGUUUCUAUUGGUAUUUGAACGGAGGAAGCAUACAAGGUUCAGGGGUGCGGGUAAAGUUGGGGAGAACUGAGAAGCAAGGAUGGAGUGGCCUUCGAGUUUGGAUGAAUAUGAGAAGCUUGUCAUACGGAUGAAUACUCCGAGAGUCGUCAUCGACAACGCCGUUUGUGCUAAUGCGACUCUAGUCAAGGUUGACAGUGCGAGAAAACAUGGAAUCCUUUUGGAGGCCGUACAAGUUCUCACAGAUCUGAAUCUCUGCAUUAAGAAAGCAUAUAUAUCCUCUGACGGAAGAUGGUUCAUGGACGUUUUCCACGUGACCGAUCAAAACGGCGAAAAACUCACGGACGAAAGCGUCAUCAGCUACAUUGAACAGUCUCUGGGUACCUGUAACUCUGUGACGUCUAACGGGUUUAAAGAUCUCACGGCCUUAGAAUUAACGGGUACAGACCGGCCUGGCCUCCUCUCGGAGGUGUUCGCCGUGCUUGCCGAGCUACAGUGCAAUGUCGUGGACGCGAAGGUGUGGACGCACAAUGGUCGGAUUGCCUCCUUAAUCUAUGUCAAAGACUGUAACUCUGGGUUCCCAAUUGAGGACACGCAGAAGAUCAAUAGAAUCGAAGGGCGUCUAAGGAAUGUCCUGAAAGGGGAUAAUGAUAUCCGAAGUGCCAAGACUGCAGUCUCCAUGGCCGUCACCCACACAGAACGCCGUCUACACCAGAUGAUGUUUGCCGAUCGUGACUACGAGCGCAGGUCGAGAACGGAAUCCGCCACUCCCUCACCGUCCGUCACUGUUCAGAAUUGGGCGGAGAGGGGCUACUCUGUUGUGAACGUCCAGUGUAAAGAUCGGUCCAAGCUUUUGUUUGAUAUAGUCUGCACGUUGACGGACAUGGAGUAUGUUGUAUUCCAUGGAACGUUAGACACGACCGGGAAUCAAGCAUAUCAGGAGUUCUACAUAAGACACAACGAUGGAUCCCCAAUUAGUUCAGAAGCUGAGAAGCAACGCGUGAUUCAAUGCCUCCAAGCUGCCAUUGAGAGAAGGACGUCCGAGGGUGUAAGGUUAGAAUUGCGCACAGUGGACAGGUGGGGGCUGUUAUCAGAUGUAACUCGAACAUUUCGAGAGAAUGGGCUGAACGUGACGAGGGCGGAGAUCUCCACCACGAGAAACAUGGCGGUAAAUGUGUUUUAUGUGACGGACGCGGCCGGUCAACCUGUUGACCCAAAGAUAAUUGAGGCCGUACGAGAAAGAAUUGGGUUUAGCGAUCUAAAAGUGAAGGAAUCCUCGUCAGUCUGCCACAAGGAGGGAGCUAGGAACGAGACGACGGCGACGACGGUGGCCGGGACUGGCGGGGCGGUGCUGUUGUCACUCGGAAGCCUAGUGAGAAGGAAUCUGUACAAUUUGGGAUUGAUAAGAUCUUAUUCCUAAAACGACAUCCCCUAGCAAAAGAAGAAGAAAAGGGUUCCGGCCACCACCUGUAGUAUAUGCUUUUCUUCAGAUUUCAGUCUUUGUACAUAUUUAAAACGUAAACAAAAAGGAGAGAAAAAAAAGAAUAGAAAUUAUAUUUAUGGUGGGAGUAGCUGUUCUUGUUGGGUUUGGUUGAUUGGGUAAUUGGGGCGAACAGGUGGUAGGAGAGGAGCGGAGUGGGCCACUUUUGGUGGAGGGUUGAUUCCUAUAGGGUGUUGAUGGAAUGUGGGAGGGAUGACGGGAUGAGUAUAGUGGAUGAAAGUUCAAAAGAUGAAUUUUAUACACCACCUAUUUUGUACAUAACGAAUUUGAUUGCUACUCUGUUAGAUAGUACUACUAAUGCUUGACCUUA